GGUAACGAGUCCCUCGCUGCGAUUCGCCCUAUGGAUGGGAGGAGCUUCGACACACCGCGCACAGGACGCAGAGCUGCGGCUCCGAACCGGGCUCAGAGACCAAAACCAGUCGGCACCGGUGUUAAGAGGAGACGCGACUUCCCGGAUGUGGUGAAACAGCAUCCUGUAGUUCCACGUCGGGAGAUAGAAGCCGUCAUACAGAAAGCUUCAAACGUAUCCUACGUCGGCUAUUUAAAUGUGAUGUAGCUGAUGCACACUGACUGGACAGGCGCUGAGGACAGCUCGCGGACGGACUGCGCGUAAUGUUGAGUGGACAGCGGCGUUUCUCGCUGUAUAUUCCAACCCAGACGGCCUAUUGACACGAGAAUCGCAACUCUUCUGCAUUGCAGCUCGUCAUCAUCACAACCAGAUGCUCUCCGCCGGACCGGACCCGUUCAGUUUCAUGCCGUCCAAUCUGACCGGAGCCUGAGCCCGAAGGAUGCAGGUUAAAAACCAGAUCUGCACAGAGCAGAGCAGCACCGACGACCCGGAGCAGGAUGACAGCCAGAAGAAGACUUCGUGUUUUUCCAACAUUAAGAUAUUCCUGGUGUCGGAAUGUGCGCUCAUGUUGGCACAGGGCACCGUGGGCGCCUAUUUGGUAAGUGUUCUUACCACUCUGGAGAGACGCUUCAACCUCCAGAGUGCCGAUGUGGGCGUCAUUGCCAGCAGCUUUGAAAUUGGCAACUUGGCCCUCAUCCUGUUUGUCAGCUACUUUGGCGCUAAGGCUCACCGGCCCCGCCUGAUCGGCUGCGGUGGGAUUGUCAUGGCGCUGGGGGCGCUGCUGUCAGCGCUGCCAGAGUUCUUGACUCAUCAGUACGAGUACGAGGCCGGGGACUCGUGGCACGCUGAGGACGGCAGAGACGUCUGCUCCAACACCUCCAGGUCAGAAAACAGAGACUCUGGGUUUAAAUGUGGCAACCGAGCCAACACCAACAUGAUGUACCUUCUGCUGAUCGGGGCUCAGGUUCUGCUGGGCAUCGGGGCCACACCUGUCCAGCCUCUAGGUGUGUCCUACAUCGAUGACCAUGUCCACAGGAAGGACUCCUCACUGUAUAUAGGUAUCUUAUUUUCAACAUUAGUGUUUGGCCCAGCCUGUGGCUUCAUCUUAGGUUCUGUGUGUACCAAAGUCUACGUUGAUGCUGUCUUCAUCGACACCAGUAAGCUGGACAUCACCCCAGAUGACCCUCGCUGGAUCGGGGCGUGGUGGGGCGGCUUCCUCCUCUGCGGUGCCUUACUCUUCCUGUCGGCCCUCUUCAUGUUCGGCUUUCCCCAGGCGCUGGACGAGCAGGACAUAGAUGGUGGAGGGGAGAGUGAGCAGGCCAUGCUGCCUUCUUCCCUGACCCUGGAGUACCAGGGCUCAAAACCCAACGGAGCCAUCCACGGCUUUGACAUGAACAGUGGACUCUCAGUAUGUGAGCAUCUGAGAGUGAUUCCCAGAGUGACCAGGCACCUUCUCUCCAAUCCGGUGUUCAGCUGCAUCACGCUGGCAGCCUGCAUGGAGAUCGCUGUGGUCGCUGGCUUUGCCGCCUUCCUGGGAAAAUACCUGGAGCAGCAGUUCAACCUUACCACAUCCUCAGCCAAUCAGCUGCUAGGUAUGACCGCCAUCCCCUGCGCCUGCCUGGGGAUUUUCCUCGGGGGGCUCCUGGUUAAGAAGUUGAACCUGUCGGCUCUGGGUGCUGUCCGCAUGGCCAUGCUGGUCAACCUGGUGUCCACUGCCUGCUACGUCAGUUUUCUCUUCUUGGGCUGUGACACUGGGCCCGUUGCCGGAGUUACGGUUGCCUACAGCAACGAGACGCUACAGUCCUGGCAGCAGCCUGAGUCACCGUGCAUUAGUAACUGUAACUGUUACACGGCGUCUGUGAGCCCCGUCUGUGGUUCUAAUGGAGUGACCUACCUCUCAGCGUGCUUCGCUGGCUGCACCAAGCCUAACCUGACCAGCUGUACGUGUAUAUCCAGCACCAGCGAAGAUGCCGUGGCUUUACCAGGAAAGUGCCCCAGUCCGGGCUGUCAGCAGGCCUUCCUCACCUUCCUGUGUGUUAUCUGUGUGUGCAGCAUGAUCGGAGCCAUGGCCCAGACGCCCUCUGUCAUCAUCCUCAUCAGAACUGUAAGUCCAGAGCUCAAAUCGUACGCUCUUGGAGUUCUGUUCCUGCUACUAAGAUUGAUAGGCUUCAUCCCUCCCCCUCUGAUCUUCGGGAUGGGCAUCGACUCCACCUGUCUGUUCUGGAGCUCUGUCUGCGGCGAGAAGGGCGCCUGCUUGCUGUACGACAACGUAGCCUACAGGCAUCUGUACGUCAGCAUCGCCAUCGUCCUCAAGUCGUCAGCCUUCAUCCUGUACGCCACCACGUGGCAGUGUCUGAGAAAGAAUUACAGGAAAUACAUCAAGAACAGCGAGGGCUACCUCACGCCCACCGAAAUCUUCGCUUCCAAUGUGACUCUGGACAAUUUGGGGAAGGAGAUCACCCAGAACCCAGUCACCAGGACAAAGUUCAUAUACAACCUGGAGGACCAUGAGAUGUGUGACAACAUGGAGUCAGUUUUAUAGUGGUGUUCUGCACUGGGACUGUAGACUGGAGCUGUCAAUGUGCAAUUGACCUGCUGUGCUAUGUUUCUUUGGUGUUGCGUUCCUUUUAGAGGAGCGCUCUCAGUAAGGUUCUUAUCUUCUUGUCAUCCAAAACAUCACACAUACUAAAAGAAACGAAGCGACGAUUCCCAAAAUGUUCUAAAUCCACAUUUUCUUUUUUUUUCUUUUUUCUUCUUGUCAGCUGCACUCCCGAGCUGACAUGUUAGUAUUUUAAAUUUAUUAUUUUGGGCAUGCUUUCCUCCGGCAGAAAAGACGUAAAGCAAGAAAAAAAAAUCACAUGCAAGAGACCCUACUCCCAUCCAAAGAAUAAAAAAAUAACAGCAACAAAACCCAAAUCCAUUAAAAAAAAAAAAAAAAAAAGUGUUAAAAAUCGUCCCAUUAAUUUCAGAUUUACUGUAAGACUCAAGCUUUAUCAGACAGAUUAUGUUCCUUUUGUAUUUCUCAGGUCCAGUUAUCAGAAAAUGCAAAAAGGAUGUGGUUAAGAAAAUUAUAUUAACAAGUUUGUCGUUCGGUAUCUUGAAGUUUACAGCAAUAUUUUAACAGUAACUGACUUCCUUUUCAUUUUUUUUUGUUUUGCGUCAUGUUGCCAGAGUAGUGGUCGAUUUAACCCUGAGAAGUGGAUUAUCUCAUUUUGGAACCAAAGUCUUCAGUCUGAGCCGACGUGAAAAAAUAGGGAACACGCUCUUUCACUAUAGCUUUCAGUGUAAAUGGACGAUCUUCUUCUAGAGGGCAUUUUAAGACGGUAUUAAUAGUAGAGUGCUGUUGAGCCAAUAUGUAUUAAUUAUCCCUUUACUGUGUGAUGGAGUUUUGGUAUAAAUGCUGGACAAAAUUCUGAGACCAAUCUUUCAUGUCAGAGCCACAGAACAGUUUUUUUUUAUAUACUUUAAUUUUAGAAAAAUUACGUGCAACUACAAGAGAUCAUUUAAAUCGUAACCUUAUAUAUAUUAAUACUGAAUAUUCAUUAAUACUUGGGCAAGACGAGAUCUGAUCGAGUAACUGAACCUGCAGCAUUUUAGUUCCACGUCUACCUAUUAAACCACCGACUUGAGUGUAUCGCACUGCAAUCAUGUCGGUGUGGCUAAUAGGUACAGAAAUACAACUGACUUGAUGGUGUAGUUCUGCUCUUUGGGGACGCCCCCUGCAGCAGUGAUGCAUGGAAAAAGCAAAGCAACAUGAUAAAUAACAAGAAGGGGACGUUGCAGAUACAACUCUCCAGGGUACGUGCGUGGUGUAGCACCCAUCCUGGCUGUGGGGGUGGAGGCCUUUCUCCGAUAGCAUCACUAUCAGCCCAAAAGCUCCCGUAAUAAGUAUGCAGAGCGAGAGUGCAAAGGCAUUUAAGUAGAACACCGAUUCAACGCAAUAAGACCUAUUGAUUGUGGUGGGCUAGCUGUCAGCAGACACAGCAUAGCAUGACGCACAGUGUCCAGCCAGAAUUAGUUCAUUUAAAAAAGAAAAAAAAAGAAAAAAGAAAAAAAAGCAUGCUGGUAAUGCAUGUGUUUAAAAAUAAAAAGAUAUAUUCAGUAUGAUGUCACUAAGUUGCACCGACUCUGUGGUUUGCUGGCCAUCAGAAAGGUUAGAUACACAUUUAACUCGAAUGGCCUCCACAUCCUGUCUUUGACCAUGGAAGAGCUUUUUAAUGCAUACUGCAUUGUGAUGUUGACAUUUUUUUAAUCAAACCUCAACUGACUCAUAGUCACUCACACUGAAGUGAUGGUCUCAAAUCAGAUAUUUAUUUAUUUAUUUAUUUUUAAGUUAAGGAAUUCUAUGAGAUUCUGAGUUUUUGGCAUAUGCAGUUUAUAUAGUGUUUUUCUUUUCCUGACUUACUCUGUAAGUAUUUUCUAUUUUUUGCAUCAAAAAUGUGGGUAUUUGUCCACCCUCUCAUCAUCACUUGCGAUUUCAUUUACAAAUUAAGAGUAGUGCAACAUUUUGGGAAAUUCGCUUACUCACUUCCUGGCCUAGAGUUACACGGUAAGACUGGUACCGCGCUCACAGCUGUAGAGCCAGAGUGAAGCCUGGAGCACAGACAGUUAGCAUAGGUUAGCAUAAAGACAGCUAGUCAGGCUCUGUCCAAACAUAUGAUCCUUUCAACUCCCGGAAGUCAUGAUGAUUAUUCCAAAACUGAAACGUGACGGAUGCAAAUGGUUAUGAAGGAAACAAGUGUGACAUGUUCACAGGCAGAUAUCGUUGCAUGAUCCAGAGCAGCUGCUUCCCCUGUUAUUUGUGCGGACUGUGUCUUCAUAGUAUGCACACACAGGCCAACAAGAAAGUAAGUGUAUUUCCCAAAACGUCAAACAGUUUCUUAAAGCUACUUAACCCUUUAAAGCCUGAACGUAUCGCAUGGUGAUACAUUAACGCACGCUGUAUUUAAAUUACCGUAACUCACAGCGGUUUGCUCGAUUGAUAAAAUUCAAAGUGUGGCUAAACACGGGGAAGAUGUGCUUUUGUCUGGAAGACCUUCAUGACAUCUCAAGGGUAUAACUAACUUCCUGGGGCUCCCCGGUCUUGCAUCGCUCCCCAACCUGCAGCCAACAGCAGCGGUACAUCAAAAUUACCGUAAUGACAGCUUUUUUUCCCCCCCCAUAAAGCACAACUUGAAUUUUGUCUGUCGGUGAGUUACAGUAAUUAAAAUACCGCAAGCUUUUUUUUAUGCGCAGGCGGAUGUUCAGGUCUUAAAGGGUUAAAAUGAAUCCUUUGCAAAAUUCCCCCAGUUUGUUUUUGUUGAUGCUACCACUUGUGUUUCAGGGGUCUUUUUAUUAUUGUUAUUAUUAUUAUUAUUACUUUUCUCUUGCUAUUUAUUCAAGUUUAUGCUGCCUUGUCAUCACACAGAGUAUAUUAUAUCAAGUGGGGAAAACAAAAAGAAGUUAUGUUGGAUAUCAACCCUUCGCGGACCUACAUUCUCCACAGAGCCAUGCCAAAUCACAUCAGGCGAAUGUCUGCUUGGUGUCGCUGUGAACUGAGAGAGUAUAAAUACACUGCAGAGGUAUACAGUAACUCCUUUAAAUGAAAGAAUUUGGGGGGCACUGAUGAGGCAGUGCCUGUUUUAAAAUCUGUACGUGCAUGAUGAGAAGAUUGGCUCCGAGCAGGACAUUUCAGGACAUCUGGACCUAAUGCUGAGCUGUACAAACAAACAAACAAAAAAAACUUACCAGCUGGCCACCAUCUCCUCUUCAGCAACCCCCGACAGGUUGCGCUAUCUUAAAUAUCCGUAUCAUCCAGCGUGUCAUAGUGCCGACUCCUCUGUACAUAAUAGUGCCAUACAAGUGCCAAAAUGACACCAUAGAAGUGUUCUGUAACGUCUCAACACGCUGGAGCUCAGAGCAGAUCCUCCAGCUGUAUGUAGCCUUUCUGUGAUUUCCCUCAACUUACUUUCACCAUAUCAUACAAAAGUGUCCCAAAACAUAUUGCCUAUAAAAUAUUGUAUAUGGAUCUAGAAAAACCGUAUUCUUUAGGGUAUAAUUAUUGUAAUUAUGUAGGACUUUUCUACUAGUGAAGGUAUUGUCUAAUUUAGAUUAAUCUCUCUUUCCAUCAGUGGCAAAGCUGAUAACUGUUUGUUGCUGUGGUCCAAAAUAAAAACAAUACUUUGCUUAAAAAACAAGUGGCACCAAUGUUGAGCUUUAGCCUGACAUUGUACAGUAGAAGUAGGAGGCUGACUGUAGGUAAUCAGCCAAACUUCACUGAUAGUAGUCCCGCAACUGUGCCUGGAUGUUAACGCUCUACUCUGAGACUUUCUGACGGGAGCCUGUGUUGUGUCAUAUCAACCUGUGCACUGUAAAAUUCAACACCCACGACGACGACGAAGAAGAAGAAGAAGAAGCCAAUAUAUUCUAGGUCUGUCCAACGCGCUGACCUUGUGUUCACCUGUGGCAACAGGACUGUUUCUUUUGGCACCUAAAUGUGCUUGAGAUGUUUUUGCCUUGUGAUGAGAAAAUAACUUUAAAGCAUAAAUGUUUUUUUUUUUUAAUAUAUAUAUAUAUAUAUUAUACAUACAUCCUAUUUUUCCUCAUUAUUCUAUGUUGAUGGCCUUGCUUCAUGGAAACAGCAGAUCAACUUGUGGAGUGGACCUCUAGUGACUGGACUGUUGGCGCGUGAAGAGUUUACUGCCAAAAUAUAACACUUUUGGGAGGCGUUUCAAGAGACGUUCAGCCAACAACAAACAGAUGUCCUGUAAAUAAGACCACGAUUUGACUUUUCGUUGCUGUUAAUCGGUUCUUGCGGUCACAUUUUGUAAGCGAUGGACGUUAUGUUGGAAGGAAACUCUUCAUGUGCCGAUAGAUGCUUUUGGUUUGAGCCUUCAGGCAGCAUGUUGCCUUUGGUUUGAGUGAAACCUCGUGCUAACAACGUUAGUGUCGGUUCCUGAGUGACGCGCUUGCUCAUGUUUGUGGGCGGUAUUCAGUGUGAAGAUAAGCUCUCCCUCUGAAAAGGUAAAGGGCACGGUAAUAAGAAAAUAUCACCUAUAUAUUUUCAUAGCAUCACUGAAGAUGUCGAAAUACGCUCUGUGGCUUCCUUGGAUCUGUUUUCAUUUUUUAUUUAUUUUUUUUUUCCUUUGAUCGACAUGAAUUUAUAUUUUAAAAGCUUUAUGUUCUGUAUAUUUCUUGGAGAAGAUUACAUGAUUGUAUGUUUAUUGUAAAUACAUUAAAUAUACUAUUUUUGUUUUUAACAAGA